AGAAUGUCAACCUGAACAUUGAUGAACCUCGCCUUUGCAGUUCGCAAUCCCUCUUUGGUACAACUGAUGGAGCCUCCAGUCUGCUGUGGCGAUAGUCCCCCCUGCUCCAUUGCGUAGCUACAUUCAUCCGCUCCGAACAUGAUUGCGGAAAAGGGGAACCGCGAGUUGCCAUGGGUCCCGCCGUGACAAGUCCUACAGCAGACCCUAUACUCCGUACGUCUGAUUCGAACAACCAGCUAUAAUUGAUUCGAAUCGUCGUCCGCUGUUGGAGCAUUUCUACCCGCCUCACUCGUUUGCGGCAGAAAGCAUAGCAAUCGACAUGCCGCCCACGACAACUGGAGACGGCUCCAAUGGCCAAACGCCAGUACAGUGGCAGCGGGUGUUAAAGCACUAUUUAUCACAAAUCUUGUUCGGCUGCAAGAAUCCUAAGUGCACAACACCGACAUGCAGGACCUACAACGAGCGCUCGUCAAUGAAGCCCUUUCGACCUCCGACGGAACUUACUGCUCGUGCAUUGGCUUACUAUCUCACAAGUCUGGAUAGUCCUACUCAAGGCCUCUGUCCGCAUGCCCUUGAACGCCCGUCCGACAACCUGGAGAUCGACGUGCAACAACGCCGUGGACGAAAAGAUCCGAAGUCUUUGGGUCAGAAUCUCUUCGAUACGGAAGCUAUCUACCGCUCACUCUACGCUGAGGGCCCCAUUGAACAAUCCGCCGAUGGCUCACAGCUUGAUCUAGAUAUGUUCCCUGACUUCGUGCUGGGUUUGCGAAACGGAACCACGAUGAAGGCGCUCUAUGCCGACAGGUCGCCUAGAAUUGUAUUCACGUGUCUCUGGAGUACUUUGGAGCCCUUGUUCAGAUCACCCCCGGUUCCAUCGCAAAACUCAGAUCCAGAUCUACAUUGUGCGGAUCCGGCAUAUCCCAGUGAAAAAGAAGCCGCUCACGUUAUCUUCCUCUGUUUCGGUGCGAUGAGGGCUUGGGCACUACGUGGCCGUAAUGAGCAUCCAACCUCGACAAGGAUAUCAGAAUACCAUUGGGAACGUGAGGCGGCGUCACGCUUGGCCGAUCGGUUGCUUCGUGGGAUUGGCGCGCGCACGUUCUAUGAAUAUAGGCUCUCCAGCAAGCUCAAACAAGGUCAAUUGAUGGAGAUUGUUAUCGAUAAAUUAGUGGAGGCAGACAUGAUUAACAUCAAGCACUCAAGGGAGUGGAUUGAGGAAGAGUGUCUUAUACCCCAUGCCUUUGACCUCCUCUGGGCCAAUGCGAUCAAAGACUGGGAUGGCAAAGGGACAGUUCAGAGAUGGACGAAACUUGGUGUCUUGCUCCAACUGGUCAAAGGGCUGUACACCCAUGUUGACCAGUUGGAGUACGACCAAGAUUGGUUUGAAAUCCCUGAGCUGGAAGCAGGUAUCGAUCCUGUCCAGGAGGCUGCCGACUUUUUGGAACACGAAGAUUCCCUGCAACCGGAUACCGUUCAUCUGUUCGAUUAUCCUUUCGUGUUUGGAGAGAAAACACGCGUCAGAUAUUUUCGACUGCUAAAUGCCACUUUGAUGGACCGCGAUUUUGCGCGUCGAAAGGAGACGAGGGAUCUGAAAGACAGAAUGGAAAGCUUUGGUGCUCGACGGGACGAUUGGGCCACGCGGUCGCUCGAGGUUACCCUCCAGAAGUCUCUGGUGUUGCAUGUCCCACGCCAUAACAUCCUGGAGGCCACUUUCGCCCAGUUGCGAGGAUAUGAGAAGCGCUUGUUUUUGAAGCCACUGAAGACGGCCUUCGUCGGCGAAUUAGCCUUAGAUACCGGUGGUGUGACGCCUGAGUUCUUCAACACAGUGCUGAGGGCAGCUUUUCAGCCUGCUGAGGGCAUGUUCACAAAUGACCCUUUGUACUUCCAACCGGCAUCCCGCCAGCCAGCUUGGAAAUUCGAAUUACUGGGUCUUAUUCUUUCACUUGCCGUCUAUAAUGGCAUACCCCUCCCUUUUACCUUCCCACUGGCAUUUUAUCAUAAUUUACUCAUCGAAAGUUCGUCCAUAUCGCCUUAUCCGGAUGACCCUCGCUUCAUUGAGGACGGCUGGCCUGGUCAGGCUAGAUCGUUUACACAACUGCUCUCCUUUACUCCGAGUCAGGUGGCCUCUGCUGAGCUUCACUACUGCUUCCCAUUCCGCGCCUACGGCGAACAUGUCGAAGUGGACAUGAAGGCAUUCUCUGAAGGCAAACAUUCCUGGCCAGCCCGCGGCAAACUGUGGCCUGCUGACUGCGACUCUGAACGUGCCGAGGGUCAAGAGGGGAUCUGGGGGAAAAUGUGGCCUGAAGGCAAAGCUCUACCACCACUCAGCAGUCCCGCGUGGCGGCAGCCGCUCUCCACAGAAUCGAACGAGGAGAUCCCACUUGUCACGUACGAGAACAGGCGACAGUUUGUGAAAGACUACAUCUUCUGGCUGACUGCCAAAUCCGUAGCGCCGCAACUCUCGGCGUUUCGACGCGGCUUCCGCACUUGCCUCCAUCCCAAGGCUCUCAGAUUGCUUACGCCGAAGAUUCUCAAACAGUAUGUGGAAGGGGAGGAGAACGUUGACGUGGAGAAGCUCAAACGCAUCACGAUAUACAACGAUAAGACGUUCGACAGCGGGCAUCCUACUGUGCAAGACUUUUGGUCCAUUGUCGAAGGAUACGAUAUGGAGGACCGGCGGAGGCUAUUCAAGUUCGUGACGGCAUUUGAACGGGUGCCGAUGACUGGGAUGGAUGCAGUGGUGUUUGAAAUCGCCUACAGUCCGUAUCCGGACAGGCUGCCGAUAAGCAGGACGUGCAUCGGCCGGCUGGAGCUGCCGGCGUACAAGAGCAAGGAGGAGUUGAAGGAGAAGCUGGAUAUGGCGAUUCGGGAGGGGAAUGAGGGGUUUGGGUUUAUUUGAUUGAUGGGGAUUGUUGGGAUGUUUACAACCCGAGGGAAUCAGAAGUGCAUACUGCCAAAUUUGCUGGAUUGUACCGUAGCUGCAGCUAUCGAUUUCGGCUACCCCUGUGCUAUUCGUAACAGAG